AGAGCAACGGUAAGGAGUGAGGGAAUGAUUGAUGAUCAUGGCCUUCAUUCCUAAUAGGCUUUCAACUGUCAUCAUAGCCCUACCUCUCCUUAAUCUAACUUGUCACUGUUGACAUUCCCAAAGAGGUCUCUUUUUUCUUUUCUUUACCAACCUUUGUUCCUUCCGUUACGUACAACGCGUCCUCACACGUAAAAAAAAAAGAAAAAGAAAAAAAGAAAGAAAGUACAAGACAAAAAAGCCAUCUGGCAUCAUGGCAUCAAGUGGCCAUUCACAUUCGCAUCUUCAGCAUUAUCCUCAGAUAAUCCAUGAAAACGGAGAGACAUCUGAUUCUAAUGAAGAGUUUGCAAGUGCUUCUGAAGGCGAUGAUGAUACGCCAUGGGAACCAAUAAUCAUCCGAAGCCCUAUCAUGGCACGCCAGAGUCCCAAGUUGACCGCAACUCAGGGCCACAGCAUACUACAGCAACAGCAACAGCAACAACAACAACAACAACAACAGCAACAGCAACAGCAACAGCCAGACCAACGUGUCCCAAUGCCCCGUUCCAACCCCGUUGCUGACGUUCAGCAUCAAGAGCAGCAAGAAUACCAGUUGAGACAUGGGGAACAUGACCACAACCAAGAACAACAGCAUCGUGCUAAAGAUGCGCGUCACCACUUUGAACAUGAGAUUCAACACCAAUCCCAGGAGCAACAACCACGCCAAAUUCAUCAUGACCAACUACAUCAUAUCAGCUCCUAUAGCCAUAGUCAAUCUUACUCCGAUAAUAGUUCCUCAACCUCUGAACAUCAUCAGUCAUAUACUCAUUCCCAGACCCAAUUUCAAUCUCAGCAACUGCACCAGAAAUCCUACCAGUAUUCUUCAUCCUCCUUAUCCUCAACCUCUUCAAUUUCCCAUCAUGAACAAAGUCAAACCCCAUCGCGUGGAGUAGCACCAAAACUGCGUGAGCGAAUGCGGCAAAGCCCAAUCUUACACUCGAAAGUGGUAAAAGCUUACCUUGACCCAAAUACUUCGGUUUCACAACGACAGAUGACACCCGAGCAUGUCCACAAAGUUUGGUUGCAGGACCAACAAGACAUGCAGCAGGACAGUAGCGAAGAUGACGGCGAUAUUGAAGCCGAGGAAGUAGGGCAUAAGGAUCAGAACGUUCCCUCUUUCACUCAGAGUCCGAGUAUGUCUCAACCACAUAUCAAUGCUGCAGCACCAGUAAACUCCAUGGGCUUUGAGACAUUUGCAUCAUUGGGCCACCAACAAAGGGACAACGCAUCAUUGGGCUUUGGUGACACAAUGGAUAUGAAUGUGAUCCAUCAGCAUGCCGAAAUGGAUACAUCCUGGGGCUUUGAUGAUAAGGCUAAACAUUCAUCUGCUCAAAACUCACAAUCAACAAGACCCUUUUGGCCACACCAGCAAGUAACGAAAAAUAGGCAGGUCCCACAGUUAGAGCAAAAUGAAACAGAGGCAUCAUGGGGAUUUGAGGACCAGAUUAUCUUAGAUGAAGCACUUUCAACAGAACAGACAAACUCCUUAUGGGGGUUUGACCAACAACUAGUUAUAGAGGAAAAUUCUGCUACAAUAUCCAGUGAUCUCCCGGAAGCUGCUACAAUCGCUAAUUCUGACGAUUAUCCGCAUAUUCAUCAAGUUCACGAGUCUGAAGAUGAUGCAUGGGGCUAUGACGAUCAGCUCUUAGAUAUUGUCGAGGCCGUCCCACAGGACGCAGGGGAAUCCCCCUCAACAGCAGCUCAAGAGGAUUUUACGCGCGUUCACACUCAGCUUGAUUCUGAAAAUUAUACGGAUCAUAGAGAGUCCACGUAUGAUAGCGCUAAUCCCUUCGCUAGUCCAGAAGAUGCCCUUGUACCUGAUGUUGCUUCGGCAUCCGAGGAAAACCGACAGGGACCAUUAUUUACAAACGAAGACCUAGAUGAUGCUGAAGUUCCCUCACAGAAUUAUGAGUACCAUGCGCAUGAUGACAUGGAUAGCUCAUCUCAUCUCAAUCUUGAACAGAGUACUAGUUUUGAGCCAGUUGAAAUGAAUCUUCAAGAUCAACCUCAUGUGCAGCCAAAAAUCGUCCCUGAAUCGCAGUUUGAUACAAGACAAGACGUGGAUAACAAAGUGCUCAGAUUCCAUCCCACGGGGGUUGACGUUGAAGAGUCGAGAGUGGAGGCAGAGAUAGACGCAGAUGCAGAGGCGUCCUGGGGCUUUGAUGUGGAUGAGGUCAUUGAUAUUGAACAACAACCUACAGAUCGAGACAUGAGUAGCAAUGAUCUCAGGCACGGAAAUCAUGACCAUAUUUCUGACAUGCAACCUCAUGAUGGAGAUGCUCUCCAUGUCCACAACAAUCAAAUCAAGAAUCAAGAAGAGGAUAUAAGGUCUACAAAGGGAGAGACACUGACGAUGGUUAAGCAGUCUAAAGGUAGCUCCGUAGGCGACAAUGAGCAUGAUUCUGAGAUUCGAGAGAUGCUACAUGGAUCCCGCCCUCAAUCAAUGACUGGACCAAGUAUCACCUACCAAACGGAACUGAACAUCGUGGAGCAGCCUUCAGUCAUUAAUCCGAGCUUUGAUGCCCAUGAUCGCUUAGAGAAUAACGCUUGUUUAGAUCAUACAACUCGCCUCCAAAUAAUACCUGACAGCCUUCCAGAGUUUAUUGAGACAGAGGGCCUGAAAGAGACAUCUGAACAACGAUUUCCAGCUCCUAUGAAUGAGGAAGACAAGGAUAUAGAAUCUGAUCUGGAGAGCAAUGAUAUCUAUGGUGACUUAUCGACCGCGCGCACAGGAAUUAAUGGUUCAUCUAACCGAUUGAAUGAGGUCCUUGAUGAUGAUGACUAUCUGGAGCAUAUGGAACGAGGUGUUCCCAUGAACCGGUCAAUCAGCACACCAUACAGCGACGAUGAGCCCCCAAAAUUUAUCAUGGAUGAUGUUGUUGCAGAGCUGAUGGAACGUGGGGAGCCUCGACCUAUUGAUGGAAGCCACAUGGAUUUUGAUGACCUAGAGUAUGAGAUCGAUAAUAACGGCUUAUCUGAGAAGGACAGUGUUAUUGACAGUGUUCAAAUCGCUUCUGAUCCCGCCAAGUCUGUAUCAAGGAUCCCAGAGGAACAACAAACCGCUUCUACAUCAUUCUUUCCAACACACAUGGAGGAGCUCAUUACUGCAGAUGCUAUCACAACUCUGGCUCCGUCAAACAUUACUGUUAUAGAUGAGCCUGAGCUACGUAUUGAGCCGCCAGACCACCAGGAUACAGGUGCCCCGUAUCUAGAGUCCGAAAAAAUUGUUAAUGUUGUAAGCGACGAUCACGAUCCUGCAAAUCCAUUCAGUGAUGCUGCUGCUAUUGAUUAUCAAAAUGCUUGGCCUGUUUCAGAAAGCCUUAAUCUCGGCAAUGAUGAGCUGUUUCAACACCAGCCAGGAACUACUGAACCGAUCCACCAUCAUAUUAUCGAAGCAUCAAAGCAGAUCUCUAAGCAGGAGUCAGUGGAAGAGGAAGCUUGGGUGGGCUCAAAUGUGGACCUUGUCACCGAGUCUGUUUCAACAGAACCUUCUACUACAGCAAAAGUUGUCAGUGACGCUAAUCAGCUCGCUGCUCAAUAUGAAAUAACUCCAAAAAUCAACGCCAAAAAUAUUAUUAUGAAUAGUAUCGAAGAUGUAUGCACCAAUCAUAGCGUUAAUCUUGUCACAGAUACAUUGGGCUAUCCUACUCAUAGCAAGAAAACAGAGGCCAACCCUGAGUUAAUCAUUGAAAAUGAGACUGAACACCCUAUAUCGACAACUUCGGGGGUGCAAGACUCUCAUGACAAUGAGUCUGCUCAAAUCCUCCACGGUAACACGAUAGUAGCAAGCGUGACAACGACUCAUGGCACUCAUGCCGCUACCGACUCUAUAAUUGAUGAUAAUGCGUGGAUUGAGCAGGAGAGCGAAAUCUUUGAAAUCAAUGAACAUCGCCAGAUUGAUCAAGGCCUACAGCAUAAUUCUCAGAGCCAUACAUCAACUAAUGACAGGAUGGCAAUGCAACAUAUUCACACCGUUUCAAGCUUUGAAUCAAAGAUUAGUGUUUAUCAAGAAAAAGCUCUUGAAGAGACAGUUGAAGACGAUGCAUGGGGAGAUCAGGAUAUGGACAUUGUUAUCAACUCGGCUCCAGAGCCGCUUGUGGAGAGAAUAAACGAACCGUCUAGGUUAUCAGAGGAGUCGGGGAUCGAAAACGAGCAAAAGCCUCAUCAUCAUGGUUCUUUAUUUACAGCCGACAUUGAUGAGACACUCGAAAAAACAGAGUUGGAGAAAUCACUUGAUAUAGCAUUGGAGGAGGAUACAUGGAAUGAUGAGAGCCCAAGUCUUACUGUCGAGCCCGUUUCCGUUAGUAGUCAGAAGCCUCAUGAAGCUUCAGCAAUUCCAGAGCCUCCUCGUCAUCACGCCUUAGGACUUAUCUAUGGAAUUCAGGAUAUAGAGAUCAAUCCUGUACUCGCUAAUAAUUUAGAUAUCGCAGCUGCGAAGGAUGCAUGGAAUAAUGAAGGCAUUCAUAUCCCACUCCGCCUAGAAUCUACCCAGGAUUCGACAAAUCUGGAGACGUCCGCUGAAGUACAUGAGGAUACAGACGAUAUCACCCAGGCAGCGCACAACGAUGUCGAACCACUGUCUGUGAUCAAAACUGAGGCUACACAGUCGCUCAACAUUGAACAAUCCCUUAUUGAGGGUACUGAAAUUGACGCAUGGGAUGAUCAAGACGCAUGGAGCGAUCACGAGGCCAGCAGCUCAGUUGUAGCAGAGAUGGCUCGAGUUUCAACAUCAACACACACAGCUAUCACGCAUAAAGUGAUUCAGAACCACUCUGAAGUGGAGUCUGAGAGGCCUGGAGAAUUGGCUACAACUUCUGGACGUCAGGAGGCGGUUAAUCUUAACGCAGCGGAUGAUAAAUCACCAGAAAAGGGUCUGAACGUGACAACUGGUAUGGUUUCAAUUCACUCUAGUGAAUCGUAUUCAUCGGAGGAGCCGAACUGGUUUACAGAGAAACAUCAUGAGCACAAGGUCCAACUUACUGAAAAGAUCCAGCAUCGUUUAUCAGAAAACUCGAUUAAUCAAAAUCACCAUGUCGUCUCUACGCCUGCAACAGCAGCUGAUACCUUCACUCAAAGCUCAAUUCAAGAAUUGACCAAAGUGACUGAAUUUAAUCUUGAUGAGGCAUUGGAAGGAGAUGCCUGGGCAGAUCAAGAGGAAAGCAAUAUCUUUGUCGACCAAUUGCAAUCCGAGAUAUUAGCCUCUACUUCUUCAUCAGCGGAGGCUACUGUAAUCGUAAAUGACGGAAAGGAAUCUGAGGAUCACCAUCACGCCGAUGUCGUUACUAAUGACUCAGCAAGCCCAUUUAUAGACCCACUUCAGCGGCCUUCUGUAUCUCCGACAAAGUCCAGGGUUGGAUCCAUUGCCUCUAGGCCCCAAAGCCAACAAGAAGAGGUUGCUGAAGAUGCCUGGGGAUGGGAUGAGGACGAGGUUGAGGUUGAUCUGGAAAUUAAAGGAUCUAUCGAUUCACAGAGCGUCAAGGAUAUGUCUGAUGAUGAAUCUGAUAUGCAAGGGAUUCAAGUACGUAGCGAGGAGUCGUCUACUCAAUCUGCUACAAUAGCUACUUCACAAGUGCAGACGGAGGGAAUCCCGAUGGAGUUAAAUUCCCCGUUGAAUUCAACUUAUGAGAGCUCAAUACAAGUCCCAUCACAUAUAGAAAUGGUGAACUCUACUAUACCUGAAAAGCCAUCGCCACUUGCUAUUCAAAAAGAACCAUUUACGUCCGAUGCUGUCAGCGGCAGAGGAGAGGGUGAAGAGGGAGGCUCUAGCCAUAGCCCCACAUGGCAAGAUGUAUCACCAGCUUCAGUGUCGAAGAGAAGCGAGACGGGUAUGAGUAUUGUGUCAGAGAUGGAGUCAGAAUAUUCAGUCCGAUCCAUGGACGAGUUUGGCCGAGUAUCCCCUAUCACUGAUCAUACGGCCCAUGGACAUAGCCACCAUCUCCAUGUCGACCAUGGCCGUGAUCAUAGCACGAGCUCAAUCUCUUCAGGAUCUAGAAGGGCCAUGAGUAGUACCAUGUCAUGGACCGAUCUGAAUCAAGACGAUGAAGAGGAGGACGAAUGGCACGUUGAUGUCCCCACUGAGCCCAUUGACGCUUUUACAGCUACGAAAGAUAUUGCAAACAAAGACGCUGCGGUUUUAGGGCAGGCCUCUCAUGGAAAGGUUGAGUGUGUCGAAGGAGCUACAUCUUCACAAGGAAUUUUGCCUGAUAUCAUCAGUGAUGCCGAUUGCUGGGGCUUUGAUCAGCAAGAUGAGCAGGAUGAUGCAAUCGCAUCGAAAGUCUCGCAUAACCUUCUCAACCCUCCAGAUUUGAAGCAAAGUAAGAUUUUGAGUAGCACCGCCGCUCCAUCCGGCAAUACUCCUAACGAAUCUAUUACUUCAAGUUCGACCUUACCUUCGUCAAGCCAAUCUCUCCAGACACCAAUGUCGACGUCGGGAACUACUGUGGCAACAGUGACAAUAGAUUCAUCUGAAGCAGAAGAUGACUCGCAUUUGCCGCUUGCAAUUCGUCAACAACGCGCACGGUUAGCAGCAAAGGGUAAACCACUGCCGCCCAUUUCACAAUAUAAGAAAACCGCUUCCACCAGUACUUCUGCUACCAUUGCUGAAGAUACAGAUUAUGGUGUGAUUGACGCCACUACGGCUUCAUUAGCAAGUGCGCCCCCGUCUGUAAAGGCUGUCGAUAGCUCCUUAUCAAGUACUAUAACGCCAACUGCUCCAUCCUUAGCAAUGGAUCAGAAAUUUUUGACACCUGCGCUUCAAAGACAACGAGAGAGGUUAGAAAAGAGAACAGCAGCAGCAGCUACCUCUUCAGCACCUUUAAGUAUAUCUGCACGCCGCCUGACCGUCACGGAACCCACAGCACAGGAUACAUUGCCGCAACAAUCUCACCUUCUCCAUGGAAAGGCUUCCUCUCCACGGUUGACCCCGCAACAGACUUUGACGAAAACCACGACGACAACUUUUCCUUCCGCGCUGAAGCAUAUUUCCCCAGCUUCACCCACUGUGGCAAGAAAAAGUGUUCAAAUCAGUACAAUUGAAUCCAGCAGUAUAAAAUCGCCAACAUUCUCUGCAUCCUCCAAGACUUCUUCGCCCGUGACUGAGGAGUUUGGAAAUCUAUCUUCCCGACGUAGAUUAUCAAGCGGCGUGCAUAGCCUUGUCCCCACAGCCACUCCAUCAUCGCCUCUGGCUGGAAUUGAAAGCGGUAUGUUUGUGUGUCGUAGCAGGGAUGGCAAUCGGCCCAAGUCAAUAGCUCAUCCUUCUUCAGGAUUAGAGAAAGAUCGUGAAGUGGAAGUUGUUAGGACUAGCCAGAGCGAUGCUCAUCGACAGAAUCAUGCGUCAAGGUUAUCGAUAUCAUCUUUUUCGUCCAGAUCCGGAUGGGAGGGUUCUGGAUUGGAUGAGGAGCUUAUAGAAGACGAUUUGGAGAAGGACUUUAGUAGCAGCAAGAAAAAGCCGACCGAUAUUAUUGCAAUGACAACCAAGAUCAGCGAAGCACCUGCGUUCUUAGUAAAGUCGUCUUCAUCUUCGUUUUAUCAACAACCAGUUCCUGGAUUGGACGACAAAGACGACGGCGAGAGCAACCGUUCUGGUGAUAAUAGGACUUUCUCUGUCUCUGCUUCGUCAGCUUCAUAUUUGAGCAGCAAGAAAGCGGAUAAUUACGAUCCUUAUGGACCCACUGGCGUUAAGCAAAAGGCUAAGGCCUCGUACGAAUAUGAGGAAGAUAGUAGGCCUUCAUAUAAUGAGACUCUGAUUGGACAGGUAACUUCUACCCCUAGGGUAUCACACUUGUCGUCCACCUCAGGAUCAAGUAUGAGCCAUCGGCAUGAACGGCAUGAACGGCAUGAACAGCAACAGCAACAGCAACAUCAACAACGGAGUAACACCAACUAUAGUAAUAGCGGUGGAAGCGUUGGUGGCUUCUUUGGUGGAGGCGGUAACAAUAGCCUUGUCGGUGAUAUCGCCAACAUUCUGAACGAAAAGAAGAUGCAUGAGAACGAGAGCCAUAAGAAACCUUCGUAUACUUCGGAAUUGGCAUCGACAUCGACAUCCUCUCCGAACCUACAAAAAUCCAGUAGCUGGUCUUUUGGAUCGUGGGUCAGUUCAGCCGUCGCAGCUGCAUCAGAAACAAUUGACAAAGCAUAUGAAUCACUCGAUCCCGAAUACUCCAAGAUAAAGGCUGCUCGAAGUGGUAGUGGACAUUCAGAUAACAACCCUGACAUCGGAGAAGACCCUGAGAGUACAAGCCCAUACAAGCGGCCUGGAUAUGUUGUAGGCGGCAGCUCCUUGGCUCUGGGGCUGGCAUCAAUCUCAAGAGGAUCACCAUCUCAGCAACAAUAAAUCAAUUAUUAGAGUAGCAGUAACCACCUUAUCAUUAUCCAAACACUCUCUAAAAAAGAUCAAUGCCUACAACAUCAGUUAUUCCCACGUUCGGUCAAGAAGAAUGACCCUGGUUGGUAGAUGAAGGAGUAAAUAUAAAAAAGUAAAGAAAUCAAAGUAGGUAAUAGUGAAUAGUGAAUAGUGAAUAGUGAAUAGUGAAUAGUGAAUAGCGAU